AUGCAGACCGACUAUUCUCCCCCUCUUUAUGUCUACCUUUGUCGAUUUCUUCUCAUUUUCGCCUCCAGGUUGAAGGUCCCACUGUUUAGUCGGCUCUGGCUGAUGGACCCAGCCUUGAAUGUGCCCAAGAAUCCGGGACGAAAUAACGAAUUUGAGACGAUGGUGAAAUCAAGCCUUCAGCUGAGCCAAGCCUGCCAAAGCUGGAAGGACGCCAAUCCUCAGCAGGCCAGCAAGGGUCAGCGAGAUCCUCUCCACAUGCGCUAUUCCUGUCUGCGCCAUGUCUCCCCGGAGACGUGGGUGAAACACACGCCUGAAGCAUGGCUGUCUCUGCCUUACAUGCUUGCCAAUUCUCUGCCGAGACCAGAUGAAGUUCAGGUAAACAGUCUACGGCUUCGAGAAUAA